UGUCCGUGUGUCUGAUGAAGAGUUUCGAGGCGUUUAAACCAGGUAAGUGAUGUCUUUUAUGUGUUUUUUAUUUUAUUUAUUUACGUUAUUCAAUAAAGAAAUAAAACUAGGAAGAAAAAAAGCCAAUGUACUGCCAAACAGGUAACUUAAAAGACUCCACAUUACAAUAUUUUAUUGCAGUCACAUAAUAAGUUAUAAGUAAACAAGACACGCGUGGCUUAUCAAAAUAUCGAGCAAUUUUUUAAACGAAAAAUAUAACAAAUAUAAAACAGUAUAAAAUAAAAAAAACUGUUGAAGAACUGAUAUGAGAUCAAAAUACUAAAUAUUUACUAAAUAAUAUAGAGAUCAAGUGUGUUUUGCUUUACUAUUUUUUCAAAGUUAGUUACUCAAUAUAUUUAAUUUUUAUCUUAAAUAAAAGAAAUGGUAGGUAUUGAAAUUACAGGUACAAAUCCGUGUUAAACAACGUCACUUUUGAACGUAAUUCACACAUGCAGUUACAUUUCCGUUCCUGUGGGUGGCGGUGUUCUUCUGAUUUUCCCAGGUAAUUAUUCUGCGGUGCGCUAAUGAAUCUUCUCAACUUUCAAGUAUCAAGGUCAGAUACUUGUAGAUGAGCAUUACUGGUGAGGCAACAAGCUAUCUGACCAGAGAAACAAAAAACAAAAAAAUCAGAGCCUUUACAUUUCUGCGUUGGACAUCCCUUCCGCCAAUGUAAUGCAGUCUCUUGCACAAGAAAUAAAAUCAUUUUCCAAAAAUAAUUUGCGCAAACAAUGCACCAGAGUGACGACUUUGAGCGGCAGGCGGAUUAUUGAAACAUGGAAAGGAUCAAUUGUACAGGUGGUUGAGGAUACAGUUCAGCCUGCAACAGCAUGCGGAUAUGUUCCAGAUAAUAGCUGGGAUCUUCAGGUUGGAUAUAUUAAACCGUAUCUGUUAUUUGGUUCACAAGAUGCUGCUCAUGACUUUGGUACUUUGAUGAAAUUUAAGGUCACACAUAUAUUAAAUGUUGCAUAUGGUGUGGAAAAUGCCUUUCCGGAUAUGUUCAUCUAUAAGACACUGAGCAUACUGGAUCUACCUGACACUGAUAUCAUAUCGUAUAUCCAGGAGUGUGCACAGUUUAUAGACCAGGCUAAAGCUGAGAAAGGAGUUGUGCUGGUCCACUGCAAUUCAGGAGUUUCACGUUCUGUGUCAGUUGUCAUUGGAUAUCUGAUGUUAAGGGAAAAGCAGGCAUUUGGUGAUGCGCUUGCUCUGGUGAAGUCAGCUCGCUCGGCCUCAUGUCCAAACCCAGGUUUCAUGGAACAGCUGAAAAACUUCAGACCACAAGGCGCUACACAAGCGAAUGGUUUGAAACAUGAUUGAACAUAAGUCUAUUGCUCAAUGUUAAAUCCACCGGUUCUUCCAUGGCAGUCUUAUGUAUGACUUUGAAAUGUUCUUCAGGCAGUACUAGAUCAGGGUUGGGUAAAAUUCAUAAUUUAGGAGUCAUCCCCUUUCAAUUCAUAAGUUGGAAUUGAAUUAACCACGCCACACAAUGACAUCAAGUGAGAUUUAAUAAAUUGCAAUUCAAGUUUAUUUAACACAACUUUAGAAAUAAGUGCUAUGCAUUCUGGGAAAUUAACGAUGGUCCAUAAAACAUUGAUUUUUAUUAUCAUCUAAUGUUUCUGGAUAUACCCACAAAUAUACAUUUGUUGUGUGUAUGGGUAAAUCAUACUAAAACUAAUAAAUAUAUAAUGUAAAUGUAAUAAUAAAGUAGGCCUACACAUGUAAAAAUACACCUAUGAAUAUAUUUGAUAGUAAUUUCAUUUUAGAUUUAUUUCCUACAUUUUGUUUUAAAUUACAUUCUGUGUUCUGCUUGCAUUCAAGAAUUCAGCAACUGAGUAAGUAGCUUAUAUAAAGUUGAUAAGAAAAGAUAAGAAGUGUCUCUCUCAUCGUAGUAGUUUCAUUUCAAUUCAUAAUAAAGUUGUGUAUUAAAAUGCAGCUUUUAAGAUACAUUCCGUUAAGUUAAUCUUUCCAUUCCACCUUAGCAGAUGUGCUGUUGUCUUAUUUAUAAAUGUUUAUCUUUAAAGUGAGACACUAUCUUUUUUCUCGAUAGUGACACCUUGUGGUCACAGCUCACAUUGAGCAUUUAUAUCAGACUUGAUUAAUUUCAUUUUAAUAAUAAAGAAAAACAGCCUGUCCUUUAUCAUUUUAUCAUUUGUCAACUUCCAUUGUUACCAAUUAAAAUGUGUUAUCUAUAUUUGUGCAAAAUAGUAACUUAAUACUACUAGUAUCAAUCAAUAUCAAUCAGAGAGGCUAAAUAGGUGUUCCUAAAAUGUAGUUUUCUUUUGUUUUGUUUUUGUUCUUAAAAGAAAUAGCAAUAUGAUAUUUUAUUACAUUUUUGUCUACUUUUAUUUUUCAUUUUGUUCUGAAACCAAUUCUUUGUUAAAAUGCUUAUAGAGAUUGAUGGUUAACUAUUCUUUGGAAGCAUGUGAAAAAAUAGGUCAUUGAAAUUUGGCUCCCCUUGUGAUGUCAGAAGGGGAUAAUACCGCCCCUUACUCUGCACUAUCCAACAACGACACUGCCAUUUAGUGCAGAGAUCAACUCAUUUGCAUUUUAAAGGACACACCCAAAACGGUACAUUUUUGCUCACACCUACAAAGUGGCAAUUUUAACAUGUUAUAAUAAAUUAUUUAUAUGGUAUUUUCAGCUAAAACUUCACAUAUAUACCCUGGAGAUAUUUACAGAUAUUUAUUUUACUUUAUCUUAAAAAUGUCUUGUGAAAUGUCCCCUUUAAGACAUAAAAGGCAUAUGGAAAUUGCU